UCUCUCACCACUUCUCCUCUUCUCCCCGUGGCAGGCAUGUACAAUCACCAGUCGCGCCACAUGGGCAGCACCGCACCGCGCGGGGCCUACAACGGCUCCUCGAGCGCCGGCUAUGGCGGCGCCGGCAGCAGCGGCUCUUCCGCGGCCGGUGCGCAGCUGGGCGCUUGGGCAGAUUGGGCGGCGCGAGGCCUGGAGCUCGAGGAGAGGGCGCCGACGCAGCUGGGCAGGAUGAUCGAACGAGCGUGCGAUCCCAUCAAUCGCUCGCCUGAUCUCGCGCACAACCUCGAGGUCGCCGACUUUGUCACGAGCAAGAAGGCCAACAUGCCGAGAGAGGCGGCGAUGGAAGUGGUGCGGCUGAUCAACUCGAGACAUCCGCAUGUCGCCAUGCUGGCGCUGCAUCUGCUCGACACGCUCGUCAAGAACUGCGGCUAUCCCUUCCACCUGCAGAUCGCGACGAAAGAGUUUCUCAACGAGCUGGUCCGACGCUUUCCUGAGCGUCCGCCCAUGUAUGCCACGCCCACGCAGAGCAAGAUCCUCGAGCUGAUCCACGAGUGGAAGUCGACGCUCUGCGUGAGCAGCAAACACAAGGAGGAUCUGGUGCACAUUCGCGAUAUGCAUAGGCUGUUGGGGUACAAAGGCUAUCGCUUCCCCAACCUCGACUCUCGCGUCGCCGGCGUGCUCAACCCGGAGACUACGCUGCGCUCGCCUGAGGAGCUCGAAGAGGAGGACCGAGAGGCCCAAGCUGCUAAACUGCAAGAGCUCAUUCGACGCGGCACGCCUCGGGACUUGGAGCAAGCGCAGGAACUGAUGGUCAUCAUGAGUGGAGCUGAGCCAGAGAAGAAGCCCGACUACAAGUCGCAGACGGCCAAGGAGCUGGACAAGGUUCAGAGUCGCGCGAUUCUGCUCAACGACAUGCUCAACAACGCCAAUGAGGGAGAGAAGUUUGCCAAGGGAGAUGCGUACGAUCAAAUCUCGAGCCAUCUGAAGAGCGUGCAGCCGCGCCUGCAGAAGUGGAUUGGCGAGGCGGAGGAGGGCGAAGAUGCGGCGGAGCACAUGGACCGCCUGCUGCUCAUCAACGACCUCAUCAACCGCGUCUGCGAGCGGCACGAGGCGUUCGUCAAGGGAGACUUUAGCGCUACUGCUGCUAUCGAUCCUUCUAUCGACCCAGCUCGCGGCGGAGCCGAUGCAGUGCCGACGGCCAAGAUCAGCGAUCUGAUUGACUUCGCAGACGAAGCCGACGCCCCUUCCUCCUCCUCUGCGGCUGGCGGCGCCAACUCGCUCUUCGACGACUUUGCCACGCUCAACUUCGACUCUCCAGCGCCUGCUGCGGCGCCCACGGCUGCAUCUCAACGCGCGAUGCCCUCGUUGGCCGCGCAAGGCAAGGCCUUGGCUGCACCGGCGCUCACUACGGCACCCUCCCUGCUGCCGACCAACCUGCUCGACAUCUCCGACUCUACGUCCUCUUCUACCGCGCCUGCAAAGGCGGCGCCUUCGACAGCAACGCCGCCGCCCGGCUUCGGAUCGUGGGGCGCCGUGCAGCUGCCUACGCGCGUCGGCGCGGGCAGCAACGGCGGCAGUGGGGCGAACACGCCAAAGACGCAGCAGCCGCAGCAGACGCAGCAGAAGCCUGCAGCUGCUGCGGAUCCGUUUGGUGACCUUGAUGCGCUGUGGAAGUGAGGUGCGGCGCGGUGGACGCCAGUCAUGGCUGGAGGAUACCACUCGACGACGAGCGCCGCGCGGUGCGCCUUGUUGGGCCGCUCCGCUGUUGGGCUCAUCGGGCGGAUGACAAUACAGAUGCUGCUCUGGCCCGUGCGGGGCGAAGGGAAGAGAAGCGGGUGGAAUGUGUGCAC